AUGAAGCAAAAACCCACUUCACCAGCUCAAAACGUUAUGGAAGAUGUAGAGAAGGCCCUUGAUGCUUUGGAGGAGUGUAAUCCAAUGCUCAAUGACCCGUUGGCCGAAGAAAAGAUUUGCAUGGAGAAUGUAUGCCAAUGCCUUAACGACUGCUACUUGCUCAUUAAACAAUUUACCGAUGGUGAAGAGGAAUUCAAUGUCGUUCUGAUAGAUCAAUCCCUAGAGUGUUUUCAGCUGGCAGAUUUAUCCAAUAUCGAGAGUGCCCCUCUAUCAACGUUUAGUAUUAAUGAGAUUGUAAAGAUUUUCAUUAAUUUAAAGAUCUACGCUUUAAAAUGUCUUGCCAAGUUAAUAUCUGUAUGCUCGUUAGAGCCCGUAAAGGACGAAUCACGAGAAACGGAAUUUAAGGAACUCUCUAGGCUAUGCGCAGAAUCUUUGAUACAGCAGGAAGGUCUUACCGUUCUCUUUGAAUGUUUAGUCAUCCCGACAGGAAAUGUUCCUAACGAGCCUGCAAUGCUUUCGGAUGAUAGAAUACGACUGCUUGUAGUUGAGUGUUUGUUUGUACUCGUUUGUAGAAACGAAAUUGCGAGACUUGCUGUGGUUUUCCAACAAGGAUUGCUUCUAAUUAUGGAGUUAAUGACCCUAGAGACAGUUCCUCUUGUUAGAAGCUAUUACAGUGCCAUUCUAAGAGAGUUCAGUGUCUCCUUUGCUGAAGACCUUAUCAAAGAAAAUUGCAUUGACCACUGUCUGUUAAUGAUGUCUAGAGACACCAAUGAUGAUGUGAGAGCUCUAAGUUUGGAAACGCUAGAAACCUUGUUUAAAAGUGAUGUUUCUAAAUUUAAGGAGGUUUCUGUGGCUGAUUUGUCAAAAUUGCUUCAUGCUAAACUAAACUAUGAGAGUCCACAAGUUAUCGAGUCUUGUUGCAAACUAUGCGAAACUCUAUUUAGAAUAGAUCAUGAAGCAAGUAUUCAUGAUGAAUUCAUCAGAAACAAAUAUUGGAUUGCAUUUGUCAAUGUUGUGAAGCUUGGAGAAGUAAGAACAGCAUCCAUUGCUAUCAAAGCAUUGAGGUGUUUGUUGCAAAGCGCGCCUUCAGGAGAGGGUGUGACACAAGCUCUUAUUGAGAAUUAUGACGCAAUAUCUUUCUUAAUAUCGCUUCUUCUCGACAAUACCUUCGAGAAGAUGGUAACCGUGCAAAAGGAUGAAAAGAGUAAAUAUAACAAGAAACGGCUCAACAAGAAAAUAUCUCAGCGAAAGUUAACACACACCCAUCCCACGGAGCAUGAGUUUGACAGCCUUUCAGCAAAACUGGCAAAUUUAGAAUCUACUCUUCUAUUGGGGGUUAUUAUGGCAAAAAGCACAAAACUGAGACUAAAGAUUAAGGAUGCUCUUAAGCCAGGUUCUGCUUUGCUCCUUAAGAAGCGAAUGUUUUUGAGCCUUGACCUUGCGGAAGAAGAAUAUUACUCGGAUUUGAUACUUAAAGAUGAUAGAGGAGAUGACCUUGCUAAAAAGUUAGUGCUUAAGGAAGUUAAGGAAGGAGAAAACGUUUGUGCAGAGUAUGUGAUUACGGACAAACCUUCUGAUCAUAUGAGCAGUAUCGUUACGAAUGACGAGGAUGGAUCUCUUAAGCUCAUAAUUGUUCGUCAAAUCAUUUCAAAAACACUGUCUCGACCAAAAAUCAGUAAGGCCAUUGCAAAUGAAAGUGUAAACACGACCGUAAGCAAUAUAUCUCAAGUUUCGUCAGAAAGUGAUGGAAGUCCUCGUCCAAAACGAAGAGCAUUCUCUAAAAAAGCAUCUGAACAAAAAAGUGCUUCCUAUCCUUCUCCACCUAAAUCAAAAACCCCUAAAACGCCAACCUCACCGUUGAAUUCGUUUCAGAGCUCAAAAACAUCACCGUUACUACUGUUAGAAACAGAAGUAGAUCUUCCUCCAAUUAUUCCUGUCUCAAUACUUUCUCCUCAAGACGGAGAAGAGUUUAUGCCUGGUUUCUACGAGCAGCCAAUGAAUAAGGUACCAAAAGGUGAUAAACCGGAUCUAAUGUUUGGAGCUGAGCAACACCGUCCAACAGUUUGUGAGAAUAGUGAAUUUCAACGUCUUAUCAAUCUUUACAUAGCAUUCUCCCUCUGGUAUGAAAGCACAGAAAUGAGAUAUCAAAGGGAAGAGGAGCAAGAAAGGUUCAUCACUGCCUUUCAACUCUCUAAGCUUGGAAAAUUAUCACCAAUGUAUAGCCCCGUAAACUCUCCAAAAGAUCCAAGAGCGAUUAAGGGAACACAUCUCUAUUACCAAAAAGUUCCAUAUCACUUCAAACAUUCUCCACAAAAAUUGACAAAGGUGUGGAAUAUCGAAGACGUAAAAUUAUCAGACAUUUUUCAAUUCGAAAUGCCUGUUGAUAAUCUUGACAGAAAACACAUUGUUUUAACCCUUGAUAGAUUGAAAAAACAUGUAAAGACAAUUGCCAAAGAGUUUAUCAUCGCUCCAAAAGGCCAUAAUGCUAGAGGUAGAAAAAUUCUAUUACUAGACCUAAAACAAAAUGUUUUACCAAAAUUAGAGCAAACUAUUAACGAUCUUCUGAAUAUGGGACAACAACAUACCUUUAAAUGUUUAACAGAUCUGAUUGCCAAAUGGAAAGAAGCUAAGAUGAGAAGUGAUAGCUUCAUCAAUAAUGAAAACCUUCUUGAAAUCAUGGAGUUCUUGAAAUUGGAGUUAAAAGCACAAGUAGCAGAGAGUACUAAUAGAGAUGAUGCGCUCAAUGAGAAAUCAGAAUCAGUGGAUAGUGAUAUUCAAAAAUAA